AUGGCUGUAUCGAGAAAAUGUCUUUUUCUUGUGUUCUUAUGUCUCGCUGUUUUCUUCAUCUCAGAAGCUACAAAAGCUGAAGGGAAACCCAUUCUGAUAGGUACAUGCACACAAUUUCCAAAGUGCAAUCAGACUUGCAUUGAAUCACAUUAUGCUAGUGGAAAAUGCAUCCAACUGGCUCCACCUGCCCUUGAUUUUGUAUGUGUUUGUUAUCCAAAAUAUUAUAUAUAA